AAAGUAAAAUAUAUAUAUAAAAAAUAAUAGUUCUCUUUCUGAUGUCUUGUAUUUUGUAUUUUUUUUCCAUGUUUACAGUAAUAUAAACUCCCCCUAUGAUACCAGCUCCCCAUCCAAAACCCUAGGAAUGCUGCAUAGAGGCUUGAUCCAUUCCAGGGUUAUGAACAUGGCAAAAACAUUAUUAUUAUUAUUAUUAUUAUUAUUAUUAUUAUUAUUAUUAUUAUUAUUAUUAUUAUUAUUAUUAAUUAGUCAUUUAACAGACGCUUUUAUCCAAAGCAUUGAGGGGGUGAACUAUGCAUCACAACUGCAGAGUCACUUACAAUAGCACCUCGGUUUACAGCUUAUCCAAAGGACGGAGCACAAGAAGGUUCAGUGACUUGCUCAGGGUCACACACAGGGAGUCAGUGGCUGAGCUGGGAUUGAACCAGGAACCUCCUGGUAACAGGCCCCUUUCUUUAACCACUGGACCACCAAGCCUCCUGGGCAAAAUAUGGUAAACUAUAGUAAAUGCCUAGUUCUUAGAUAGAUUUAAUGUAAAGUUUGGGGUCCCCUGCUCUAAACUUGAUUUAAUUCAUCAAAAUGGGCUUAAAAAAAACAGGAAUUCAGUUAAUUUAGAAAUACUGAAAUAAACUAAAUGAAUUAAAUGACAAAGAUUUCGACUAGAAGUCUUUUCAAUGUCUUCAAAUAGACUCUUCUCCUGGGAAAGACUUCCAGUCUAAAUGUUUGCCAUUGAAUUUCCAUUGAAGACACCCAUGAGAAAGACUUCUAGUUAAAGGUUCUGGAUGAAAUAUGAGCUCGCCAGUAGCUUGAUAUCUCCCUUCAGUGCUGCCAGCCAGGUGCUUGUUCCCUGAAGUCAGGAAGUGGGUUUAUAAUUUGCAUGAGUGUGGAAGAACCUCCACUGGGGCCGUUCAGAGCAGCGUUGUGGAGGAUUCACAUCCUGAGCCUCAGAAAUGGAGGAAGACCAAGCCAGUAAGAAUAACGGUACUUCAGGAUCCACACUCCAGGAGUCCAGAGUCUUCUCCCAACUGAUCUCCUUGAGGGAAAACGCUCUGCUCUUCAACCUGAUUGGAGCCAGAUGUCUCGCCCUGGCUUCAGCUGUGGUUCAGGUGUACCUCGCGCUGCCUCCGGACAGGAGCAGCUGGAUGAAGUGUCACUGUGGAGUGGUGUGUUUAAUUAAAGAUUACAACGAGCGCUCCUACUUCCUGCGGCUUUACAGCAUCAAGAAAGCAAAGCUGGCCUGGCAGCAGGAGCUGUACAUCCACUUUGAAUAUUCUGCACUGAAGCCCUACCUCCACACCUUCCUGGGAGACGAGUGUCCGGCGGCACUGAACUUUGCAGAUGAAGGAGAAGCUGACAAGUUCAAAUCCGUUAUUGAAGCCAGAAUCAGACGCUGUAAUAAAAUCAAACGCACGCAAAGUCAGAUAGCGCACCAGGCUUCUCCUCUCUCUACACGCAUGGGGCCUUCGAAGAGCAUCACCCCGACUGGGUACCGGAGUCUGGGUUCCUUCUCUGAGAAAGGCAGGUCCAGCAACAAGAGGAAACUGAAAAAAGCCGAUAUCGGGACGCCGAGUGACUUCAAGCACGUGGGUCAUGUUGGGUGGAACCCCAGUUCUGGGUUUGACAUCAAUCACCUGGACUCGGACCUGAGGCAGCUCUUCAGUCAGGCAGGGAUCCAGCAGCGGCACCUCCAGGACCUCUCCACCUCCCAGCUGAUCUACGAGGUCAUCGAGCUGCAGGGAGGGAUGGAGGCGGUGCGGCAGGAGAUCCGGAGACAGGGUUCCAUGGCAUCUCGAUCUCUUGGCAGAUCCGCUCCCCCUCUUUCCUCUCCACUAAACUCCCUGGAACCGGAUCAACCCACCUUGCUGUCGCUAAAGGGCCCCCUUCCUCCCCUGCCCUCCCAGAGAGAGUGGCGCCCCCCCAUAGCAUCCUCGACCACCUUCAGGGUGCGAGGGGUCCUGCCCCCGCUGAAGAGAGGCUCUCUCCCUGCACUGUUCACUGACGAGGCCAUCCCCCCUCCCCCCUCCACUCCUCCUCCCCCUCCCCCCUCCACUCGUCCUCCCACUGCACACAGCUCUGCACCCCCUGCGCCACUAUACCCUCCCUGUCCUCCCAUUGCACCCCCUGCGCCGCCACACCCUCCCACUGCACAGAGCUCUGUGCCCCCCACGCCACCACACCCUCCCCCUCCUCCCAUUGCACACAGCUCUGCACCCCCCGCGCCGCUUCACCCUCCCCCUCCUCCCACUGCACACAGCUCUGUGGCCCCCACACCCCCGACAGCGCAGCCUCACGAGGGGAAGAGACAGCCGGCCAGGGAAGAGGCGGAGAAGAGGCUGUCCGUUUUCCAGGAGAUAAGACAGGGCAUCCUGCUGAAAUCGGUCCCCAGUGUGGACUGUGCUGCCCCCGCCACAGCUCCUGAACCAGGUGGCAUCGUGCUGGCUCUCAUCGAGGCCAUGAACAAGAGGCACCGGGCACUUCACUCCUCAGGCGAGGAUGAGAGGAGCGAUUCCGAAGAGGACUCGGACGAGUGGGAUUAGCGACAGAUCUUUGACUCGUUCACUGCAGGAAGGAGUCACGGCUAGUCCUGGUCUCGGGAUAACUUCGUUCGAUGGGUGCUGCCGUCCGCUAUGUUUGUUUCUCUGCACUUCAUCAGGGCUGGCGAUUGGGUGUGGUUUCGAUUGACCCUGUGGAUUCACAAGCAUCUCCUAGAUUUCAUUUCUGUAGUCUAUUUGGUAUUCUCUGUGCAGUGAUGAUUUUAUUGUAGGGCGUGUGUUCUGUACUGUAGGGUGUUUUUAAGGGUUCCGGGUUUAAAGGAAGUUUUGUUCAUUUUAAAAUGUUUUGUUUUUGUAGUUUUUUUUUACCUAAAAACAAAUAUGGUCUUGUUUUUAAUUUGUGUAUUUUGUAAUAAUAAUAAUAAAAGAAUCUAAAUGGGAAAUGAUUUGUUAUACAUAUGAAUUUAAAUUAAAGCAAGUAAUGUGGUAUUGUAAAUAGUUUUAUGUGUGCUUAGUCAAUAACGCACCUUUGUGUUGAAACACAUUGAAUAAAGAUUCAACGUCUUUCCCAUGAA